CGACGAGGUGACAACAAGGCUUUAUACCCGAUCAACAGUCAUCUCGCUCACACAUUUACAAGGUAGAAGGAUGCCUCUGGACACUGAGCGUAAGGAGCUGCUGUUGAAAACUCUGAUGGAGCUGGGGGAGGACGACCGUCAGUCUUUCAACAGAUUUCAGUCAUGAUACCUGUCCACGGUCACCUCCCUCACACGUAUGUAAGUCAGAAUUAUGGCUCUUGAAAGCGGAGGGAAGGAGCUGCUGUGGAACACACUGAGGGAGCUGGGGGAGGACAACUUCGAGUCCUUCAGGUUCCACACGGACCUGCCUCAAAGCGUACGUGAAAACCCCCGCCGGGCGUACAUUGCUGACGAGCUGAUAAAGAAGCACGGCGAGAACACUCUGGGUCAGACCAUCAUGCUUCUGGAGAAGAUCGGUAACAACAAUUUGGCCGAGAAGCUGCGCAGCGACAUGGUGAAAAUAAAAGUCUAAGGGAUUGUAACCUGGACAAAGGCAGCUGUCAUCUGCUGGCUUCCGUUCUCAGUUCUCCAUCCAACCUGAGGCAUCUGGACCUGAGCUCAAACAAUCUGUCUGACGAGGGGGUUGAGAUUCUCUCAAAAGGACUGGCCAGCCCACACUGCAACUUAGAAGUCCUCAAGCUGUCAUCAUGCAGCAUCACCCAGAAAGGAUGUGUUUCAUUGGCUGAGGCUCUCAAGGUAACUCCCUCCCAUCUUCAAGAGCUGGACCUGAGCGACAACAAUCUGUCGGAUGAAGGGGUCGAGAUGCUCUCGAAAGGACUGGCCAGCCCACACUGCAUCUUGAAAAUCCUCAAUCUGGAAAACUGCAAGAUCACCACUGAAGGAUGUGUUUCAUUGGCUGAGGCACUGAAGGUAACCCCCUCCCAUCUUCAAGAGCUGGACCUGAGCAGGAACAAUCUGUCGGAUGAAGGGGUUGAGAUCCUCUCGAAAGGACUGGCCAGCCCACACUGCAUCUUAAAAGUCCUCAAGCUGUCAUGGUGCAGCAUCACUCAGCGAGGUUGCAUUUCAUUGGCUGAGGCACUCAAGUUAAACCCCUCCCAUCUUCAAGAGCUGGACCUGAGCUUCAACGGAUUAUCGGACGAGGGGGUCGAGAUCAUCUCGAAAGGACUGGCCAGCCCACACGGCGUCUUAAAAGUCCUCAAGCUGUCAUGGUGCAGCAUCACUCAGCGAGGUUGCAUGUCAUUGGCCGAGGCACUCAAGGUAAUCCCCUCCCAUCUUCAAGAGCUGGACCUGACUGAGAACAGUCUGUCAGAUGAAGGGGUUGAGAUCCUCUCGAAAGGACUGGCCAGCCCACACUGCAUCUUAAAAGUCCUCAAUCUGUCAAGGUGCGGGAUCGCAGAUACAGGAUGCAUUUCAUUGGCCAAGGCUCUCAAGUUAAACCCCUCCCAUCUUCAAGAGUUGAAUCUCAGGGAAAAUCUAAUAAAGAAAAAAGGAAAGAGGGUCUUAUUGGAGAUCAAGGAGGAUCCCAGCUAUAGCCUGAAGACUGUCGAAUUUAACCCGUGGGACUAAGAACAACGUUUGGUCCUUGGCGUCAAGAAGGGCGAGUCAUUCCAAAUGUUCAUUAUUAGAAGACGUCGAGUCCAUUUGGUCUCCUUCAGAUCUAGUUUGGUCUCACGUACUCUGACGAUUGCUAGAGGACCAUGUGUCGGCGCUACGGGCAAAGCGGCCUCGCUCACAGAAUUCGAGGGGGUCGUCGUCGUCGGGUUUUUUGCAGCCACAUGGAGGUGGAGUUCAAGGGGAAGGUCUAUGACCUUCCCACCAAACUGCUGGCAUUUGUUUUCAUCCAUUUGUACUGAGAGGGGUUGUCCAAAAGGAUUGGACUUUGAGCACUGUCAAUGACAGCCAAUAAUUUCAAUAAGUAUCCUUUCAAGGGUUAACCUUUUUUCACAAAUUUAAAAACCAAUGUCAUACGUUGACUUGAAAUAGUUUUGCGCAUUUUGACAUCUAUGUUUUAAAUUUGAUCAUUUUCACUUCUUUGUGCAAUAUGUUGUUUUGUACGAGAACAUUAAAAUCCUAACUUUAAAUAAAAGUUUUUAAAAAUCAUCUGACAAUGAAAAAAGAACUUGAAUCAAUACACUGGAAACGUUUCAUUUUGUUGACUUAUUUGAAAUGCAGGAAGGUAAGGAGGUCGAGUCGCCAUUACAAUGAAAAGAAUUACAAUGUCAAGUAACACGACUCUGAUUAUAUGAUUUUUAAAAAGAAAUGAUAAGGAGCAUUUGAGUAUUCUUGUAACCAAAUAUGUUUUACUUGAGUGCAUUUUUUUGGAUGACCACUUUAACUCGAGUCAUUUAUUUGGAAGUAAUGCUACUC